GGAAGAGACUGACUCAUUAUUUCUCUUUUCUGUCAUACUGACUCUCUUCUCUCUUGACAAAAGCAAUAAAGAAUCAGCGAUCAGUGGAGAAUGAAGAGAAACACUUUCAAGAAGGAUUUUUGAGACAUUUGUUUCUGAACAGACAGCAGAUCGUUGUGAUUCUCAAGGUGAUUCAUUUUUAAAACCGUCGUUCAGAAAGUAAAAGUAAAGUUUAUAUUGCUGGAGCUCAAACAGUGAAAAUGGCUUCACUAAAUGUUUCUGCUGAAGAUCUUUCUUGUCCCGUGUGCUGUGAAAUCUUCAAGACUCCUGUUCUUUUAUCAUGUAGUCACAGUGUCUGUAAAGAGUGUCUUCAACAGUUCUGGAGAACCAAGAAAACUCAGGAGUGUCCUGUCUGCAAGAGAAGAUCCUCGAAAGAGUUUCCUCCAAUUAAUCUUGUGUUAAAAAACUUGUGUGAGUCGUUCCUGACGGAGAGAAAUGAGACACGUUCAUCAGGAUCUGAGGAGAUCUGCCGUUUACACAGUGAGAAACUCAAACUCUUCUGUCUGGAGGACAAACAGCCUGUGUGUUUAGUGUGUAUUAAUUCACAGAAACACGUCAGUCACACAUUCAGACCCAUCUGUGAAGUGGUUUCAUCAUAUAAGGAGGAGCUCAAUACAGCACUGAAGUCCUUACAAGAGAAACUUCAACACAAUGAAGAAAUGAAAGGAGAGUUUGAGAAAACAGUUCAACUCAUCAAGUCUCAAGCUGAGCACACAGAGCGUCAGAUUAAACAGCAGUUUGAGAAGCUUCAUCAGUUUCUCAGGGAUGAAGAAGAAGCUAUAAUCACUGCACUGAGGGAGGAAAAGGAGCAGAAGAAGCAGAUGAUGAAGGAGAAGCUGGAGGAGAUGAACAGAAACAUCUCAGCUCUUUUACACACAAUCAAAGACAUAGAGGAGAUGAUGAAAGCCAAUGACGUCUGCUUUCUGAAGGAGUUUCCAGUCUCAAAGGAAAGAGUCCAGAGCUCACAGCCGGAUCCACAGAUGGCUUCUGGAGCUUUGAUUCAUGUGCCACGUUACUUGGGCAACCUGCCGUUCAGAGUCUGGAAGAAGAUGCAGGACAUCGUCCAAAACACUCCUGUGAUUCUGGAUCCAAACACUGCGAAUCCAUGUCUCAUCCUGUCUGAUGAUUUGACCAGUGUGAGAGACAGCGGGAACAAACAACCUCUUCCUGAUAAUCCAGAGAGAUUUGACAUCUAUCCCUGUGUUCUGGGAUCAGAGGGUUUUAACUCAGGAACACACUGCUGGGAUGUGGAGGUUAAAGGGAGUUCAGGCUGGAUCCUUGGAGUAACUACAGCAACAAACCAGAGGAAGGAACAUGUUUUCUUCAACACGGAUGUCUGGAGUGUGACGUAUGGAUAUAUUGUUGGUUCUAGUUUUCGUGUCAAUCAGAAGCUUGAUCGUGUGAGAGUGAAUCUGGACUAUGACAGAGGAACGGUGUCAUUCUCUGAUCCUGUAACAAACACACAUCUACACACAUUCACACACACCUUCACUCACACACUAUUUCCAUUCUUUUGGUGUUCUUCCUCUCUGAGGAUCUUACCGGUCAAUAGUCAGUAAUCGUUACUCCUGUAGGUCUGGAUCUUCCUGCUUUCAUCAUGUUUCCAAUAUUUAAUCCAGAUCACAUGCAGUAAGAGCACUGUUGAUCUGAAUAUCAGUUCGGUGACUGUGAUUGGGCCGUGAUGACCACAUGACUGAUAUCAGCACUACAGCAACACUCACACUCCCAUAUUUCAUAUCAACAGAUCAAUAAACAACAAGUUUAUUUAAUUAGAGUUUAGAUGAAGUUUAAAAAACAUUUUACACAAUAAGACCAAUUAUUAGACCAUUUUAGAAUACCCACUAUGGUAACACUUUACAAUAAGGUUGUAUUAGUUAACAUUAGUUAAUGCAUUAGUUAACAUUAACUAACCAUGAACAAAACCUCUGUUCAGCAUUAGUUAAACUUUGUUAA